AUGGCUCCUCAAGUCGUGCUCAUCUCCGGUUGUUCCAGCGGCAUUGGACUCGCUACCGCUGUGCUUCUCGCUAAAGAUGCCGAGAAACGCUUCAAGGUUUACGCCACCAUGAGAAAUCUGGCGAAGAAAGGACAACUGGAGGAAGAGGGACAGGAUCAACUUGGGGACACUUUGAUUAUCAAACAGAUGGACGUUUGCAGCGAUGAAUCAGUCACGAAGGCCGUGCAAGAAGUGAUGGAAAUUGAAGGCAAAAUUGAUGUGUUGUGUGAGUAUAAUAUUAUAGUUCUGAUACUUUGACACUGACUUCCGACUCGAACAAAGCGAUUUUUAUAUAAUGAGCUGUUGAUUUUUUGAGUGGCUCACUGAUUCGAGUCAUUUAAUAUGUUAAUACCUUAUUAAAGUUUUUAGAAUACUCAUUGGAUAACAAAUGAAAACGUUAUCCUCUCGUCGCAGCUUAAUUACACCACGCUCUAAUUCAAAGCGUUUCUAAAGGACUGCACAAGUCCUUGUCUUUUCAUUAUGCGCUGAAGUGUCUGUUGCACCAAUUAACAAAUUUAAAUUACUUCUAAGUGAAUAAAACAACAAAACUUGUUUUUCGACAAUCACUUCACCAGUCCUUGACCGAUAACUGAGUUCGGAGGAUGUUGGCAGGGGUUAAGUUUCUAUAGGUUAUACCUACAGAUCGGAAUGCAAAGCAACGGAAUCUGAAGAAAACAUUUCGUAGAAGUCAAAUCCGCAGACGAUUUAUAAACAAAAACAGCGCCCCCAUUUAACAUAACAAAAAGAAUCUACAUCACGCGAAUUUGACGCUUUCAUUAGUUUUUCUUAAACCUUUAACCCUUGACAUCAACAAGCAUAUUCUCCAUACUGCACUUUGACUUCACUUGUUUUUAAUAAGCAUAGUACAGUAACUGAUAAGGAUUCCCAUGAUAUUGAUGUUCUGGAGACGAGCUUGAGUGAUGUAAGUUAUAAAAGAGUUAGCCAUAUUCUCGUCACUGUGCCAAAGCUGUAAGUGAAUACUGUUAGUAAAAAAAUGUAUUUUUUUCGCCGACCCCAAGGCCUUUCAAUAACUGCUACAUGUAUUCUUUCUUGUAACAGUUAACAAUGCUGGCAUGGCUUUGACAGCUGUACUGGAAUGCACGCCUAUGAACAUGGCGAAAGACCUGUAUGAAGUCAACUUCUUUGGUGCUCUAAGGCUCAUCCAAGCUGUGCUGCCAGGUAUGAAAUCGAAGCAGGCUGGACACAUAAUCAACAACAGUAGCCACUACGGUUUUGUUGGGCUGCCUUUCAAUGAGCUAUAUUGUUCUUCAAAGUUUGCUAUUGAGGGACUUACUGAAGCUCUAGCCCCAUUGCUACUUCACUUUAAUAUCAGGUAGGGGACUAGCGAAACGUUAAAGCUUCCACGUAUUAAGCCAUCCAUCCCGCAUCGAUCCAUCCAUCCAUCCAUCCAUCAAUUAUUCAAACAAUCAGUGAAUCAAUCAAUCAAUCAAUCAAUCAAUCAAUCAAUCAAUCAAUCAUUUAAUCCAUCCAUCCAUCAAUCAAUCAAUCAUUGAAUCUACUGAUCAAUAUCACAUUUUAGAGUAUUUUGCCCUAAAAUGGAACCUCCCCUCCGCAUGCGUACAGAUCGAUUAAUAAGAUGUGCAAAAAGAAAGUCACAUUAAAACGUCAAAACUGUCAUUUUCUGGUCUAAAUAUUUUCUCCCUUGAUACUGAAUGGAGUCAUGAGGACCCCGAAACGUCGUGUUAUAAUUCUUAAAUCUUUCUGUGGACAGGUUUUUAUAACGAACGCGUUGUUCCAGAUUCCCGCCAAAAUCGAUCUAAAACUAGAAAAAACUGGUAAUUUAUGCAUGAAAACGCUCAGCUAGACACGCUCAGGGUUAUUGGCGCAAGUAGUCAUCAAAUUUGUUUAAAUUCGUGCCUAACGAAAAGUUGAACAAUUAAAAAAAGAGAGGUGUAACUCUGGCUCAAAAUUGGUUCGAAAUAUGUAAUCCUAGAAAUGUGAAACUAGUUUGACCAUUUAUUAUCAUUAUUGUUAUUAUUAUUAUCAAAGGUGUUCUUUGCUCGAACCAGGCCUUGUGGGGACUGCAGUGAUGGACAGUAUGGGGACCUGGGUCAAGAACUACGACGUGAAACCCGCUGACCAGAGGAGCAUGGAGCUACAGAAGGCGCUCGGAGGCAAUAUGGAGCAGCUUUUCGAUAAAUUUCAAAGUCCAAACGAGCUCGCAGGAAUUGUAAAGAAUAUAAUUUUAAGUGAAAAGCCUAACCUACGCUACCAAUCAAAUGCGAGCUUUAACCCCGAUGAGGUGAGGGCCAAACUUCCUGAUCCAACUGGAAAUGAUGUUGUUGAAUUACUGAAAAAGAAGUAUCUUGAUAAGGAAUAAGUCGUUCCAAAGAUCAUUCAGCAUUGAAAUAGAGCAUUGUAUGUUUAAUGACUGUCGACUCUUUCAGGUCUGAAGUUUACAAUAAAAGAUAGUGGUCGUUACACAAGUGUUUGUAAAAUUGUUUGUGAUAUUUGCGGCCUGCGCGGAACAAGUAAGGGUGGGGCGCGAGAGGAACGUGGAAGCCCGCACGCAACCAGAGAUUUACCAUGUUGAAAGAGGUGAUCCCUACGAGACUAAUCCCAAUCAGGGAUCCCUAUCACCCAAUCAGGAACGGCCCUACACAAGGGCAUUACACCUCCUGUGACCUGUUCGAUAUGUUCUCCUCUGUUUUUCAAAGCACAGAUGCGCUCUGAUAUUUUGCUACAGGAGCCCGUCAAUUUGAUGGGUUCCUGUUUGCUAAAAUUUUCGAGUCAUUUGCUUCAAUGGGACAAAACCUUUUUUGCAGAAUUCAAUAAGAUUUUUAGGAAUCCGUAUUUCUUUUUCCUUUAAAAAAAUGUCUGCCCCUGGAAAAUUGGAAAUCUGCCAUUGCAAAGAAGUAACUCGUCUGCUUUAUGUGUUAUUUCGAACCGUAACCUCGAGUUUUCGGAAAGGUGUAAGGCAUUUUUGCGUGACCGUCACGCAAUAAGUUGCUUCAAUGCGAGGCUGACAGUGUUGCACAAACCAGCCGAUUGAAAAGUGCUUCAGUGGCCUCAACAUGUCUGCGAGAAUCGUGCUUAUCUCUGGUUGUUCCAGCGGCAUAGGACUCGCUACCGCUGUGCUUCUCGCUAAAGAUGCCGAGAAACGCUUCAAGGUUUACGCCACCAUGCGAAAUCUGGCGAAGAAAGGACAACUGGAGGAAGAAGGGAAGGAGCAACUUGGAGACACUUUGAUUAUUAAACAGAUGGACGUGUGCAGUGAUGAAUCAGUCACGACGGCUGUUAAAGACGUGAUGGAUGCUGAAGGAAGAAUAGACAUAUUGUGUGAGUAGGAUAAAUUGAAUUACCGGUAUUUAUUCGCACCAUUGAUACAUAAAUUUGUGGUUAUAAAAUGCCGUGUGCUCAAUACUGACCAUCCACAAUCACGCGAAAGUUGACUUUUCAUCUGUGUAACUUUUAAAAACUAAUUUUACUAUACAUACAUACAUACAGAUAAACUUCAUAGUAACUCAAACUCUAGGGUAGACGAUGAUACGGCCGAAAUUUAAAAUUCCUAAGACAACAUCUUUCUGGGUAAAAUAAUUAAUUCAAAUUUGCGAAGAGUCACGCAAUACAACACAGGGACCACGUGAACGAUGUAACUGAAUAGUUAGUUUAAAAGGUAUUUCAAUCUGUUUACAGUUUUUAAGUGUGAGUAGCAACGCAUCCGUUAUUUGUGACGUUCCAUGGUUGAGGAGGGUAUGAUAAGCAGCUUUGCAUGACGACACAAAGAAAGGUGGCCUGCAGGCCAGCUUCGUAGAAGAUGUUGAGCGGUCUCCCUUGGAAGGAGGCCGGCCAUGCACUGACCAUUGAAUAGAUAACUUUCCACACUUACGUAUCUUAUCAAUUUUCUGAGAAUUUGUGUGAAGAUUAACAUCAGUUUAGAAAUAUAUGUAUUUAUUAUAUAGACACGAAUGUUUUACUGGAAAAUAUACCACUCGUAAAAUUCAUAAAAACUGCAUCCGGGACCCGAGUGGUUUAUUUUCCAUAAUCUCACACGCGAGUUUAUCGAUGAUGUAAUUUCCCUCCAAAAUUUGUAGGCGUCUUGCGUCCUUUAAAUUUUAAUUACACAUUUUUCAAAGCUUUGCUUAUAUUUUGUCAUUGUAGAACCCUAUUCAGUUCAGUGUUAAUUCUCAAGAUUAUUGUAAGCGAUGUCUUAUAUUGCUGUACUGUAAAUUUGAGCGGUCACAAUUACUUUUCGGCAAAUAAAAAUCUCUUAUUUUAUCAAUGUCUUUUUGUCUAUAUAAUAAAAAGAACAUUACACGGCGGCUUGAAGAUAUGAAUUUUAUUUUCUCGAGGCAAAAACAAUAUUUUACUCACUUGCUGCGCUUGUUCAUAAAAUAUUGUUUUGCCACUCGAAAAUAAAAUUCAUAUCUUCGCGCCACCGUGUAAUAUCCUCUACAUAUUUUUAAUGAAGUUUUACUGCGGCUUCUUAUGAAAGGUUUAUGAGAAAUAAAUAAGAUUAAGUAACGCUGAUUUUGAUAUAUGGUGUAAAAUAUAUAAUAAUUAUAGUAAUAAUAAUAAUAAUAAUAAUAACAAUAGUCUUCUUCGUCUUAUUAUUAUUGUCAUAAAUUCAUUUUUAAGGAGGGUGAGCGGGCAGGGUGUGAGUAAUAGUCCUCUUUCAUAAUGGCAACCUAUUUAUAUAUUCUUUUAUAUGAAUGACAAUUAGCCUUUCUGACCUCAUUUGAAAGUAAGAAUCUUUUGUAUUUUGCACAUGCUAACAAGAUCAGAAAGGCUAAUUAUCAUACAAAUAAAAGAAUAUAUUAACAGGCCGCCAUUAUGAAAGAGGUCUAUAGAUUUUGUUCAAAGUCAUAAGCAGUAGAUAAGGGGUCGGUGCAUUAAAGGUAUCCUUUCCGCCCUAUGACCAUCUGACUUAUCCCACCCAAUUCCCUCUUUUCACAGUUAACAAUGCCGGUGUGCCUCUUAUGUCAGUGUUUGAUUGCGUCCCCAUGGACCUUGCCAAGGAAACAUUUGAUAUCAAUUUCUUUGGUACCCUGCGUCUGAUCCAGGCCGUGCUGCCAGGCAUGAAAGCAAGACAGAGCGGGCACAUCAUCAACAACACCAGCACCUUUGCAAUUAUAGGUACUCCCUUCUUUGAAAUCUACUGUGCAUCUAAGUUUGCUGUUGAGGGGCUGACAGAAUCAUUGGUUCCUACACUGCAGCAGUUUAACAUCAGGUAACAACAACUUCUACAAAUCACUAACCACUGGUAUUAACUCCCAAGAGUGACCAACGUUAAUUUUCACCCAACAAUAUCGGUCCAUACAUCAUCAAAAGAAAAAGUCAUGACAAUUAAUAACAUGAUUACCAAAGAGAAAAUGCUUUGAUCCUUUGUGAAUGUCUCUCAGCUAGUAGUUCGAUAUGGUUGGGACACUUUGCAGUCAUUUUGCCCUUCCAAUGUUGGUGCGCAAGUUUUGGUGAGUUAACUGCAAAAAACAACAUUGGGAGGACGAAGAGAAGGGCCAGAAGUAAAAAAAAACAAAAAAAAACAGCGUUGGUCGGAAGUGUCCCAACUAUUUUUGUCUAAGACUGUAGUUCUAUAAGGAAAUGUAUGGAGAUCAGUCUGGAGAAUCUGUAUCUAGAUAUUGCGCUUAAACCAGUUAUUAUCAACAUUCUUUAAUUAUUGGACCAAAUGGGGAUUUAAUAAGGAAGUGAUAACCCUUGUACUCUUAUUCUUCACUACAAAAAUCUUAGCCAUUUUUACCAGUACCAACUUGCUAUUCCUUCAAGCCAGCACUCACCUUAUCAUUGAACUGAACCUCUGGUGUUGUUAGCUAUAUAGAGCUUUUAAGAAAACUCUCAUGCAGUGUUUCUUUUAAAUUAAAAGGUGCACCCUUCUGGAACCAGGCCCUGUCAGCUCAGCGGUUGGGGAAUGUAACGCUGAAAGAACAAAGAACAUUGAUCUGACAACCGCUGACCAGAAGACCCGCGAUAUCUGGCAAGGUUUGCUGGGAAGGAUAGGUGGGAUUUUUCACGAAAAAGUAGUUCUGUCACCUUUAGAAGUUGCAGACUCCGUGCGAGAAAUCAUUCUUAGCGAAAAUACCAAUUUUCGUUUUCAGCCAAGUAAAGAGUUUUAUUCGGAGGAAAUUGCUGCUAGAUUUGCAGAUGCCACGGGGUAUAAAUCAGUGGAUCUAAUAACCCAAAAAUUCUGUCCAGAAUAAUAAAUAUGGUCUUUGCUGUUGUUGUUGUUCGCUGUUACUUUCCUCGUAUCGAGAAAACAUCCAAUUUUCAAGUACACAUGUAACACUCUAUAUUUCAAAGGAAAAAACAAAUACAGUCAAACCACGUUUAUACGGAGACUGAGGGGACCAUAGAAAGUGUCCGUAUUCUAGGUAGUGUUUUACGGAAAAAUGAAGGUUGCCCAGUGCUCUAAAACUGGAAACUCUAAGGUGCCCAGCAUAUGUUUUGUAUGAAAAAAGUAAGAUUUCCUAGUCGCCUGAGAGCAAAUGUUGGGAGCCAGGGGCCACUGGGCUCUGUUAAAGCGCAGCCGUGGGUAUUAACGGGGUGUCCGUAUUAAGCAGUUUGAAUUUAGGGAAAAAGUGAGGACUUCCUUUCCCCAGGGACAAAGCAAACUGUCCGUAAUAAUGAGAUUGGUUAGUGUCCAUAUUAAGUGGGUGUCAGUAAAGCGGGCUUUGACUGUGCACAAACAAAAUAAAAGGACAUGCUGGACAUGGUUUUGACCCCUCAGCAUUAUUUUUUACUUUCGUACCUAUACAGACAGUAGGAAGAGGGCCAAAAACAACAGCGCUCGCUCGGUAAACCCGCCAGCUACAUGCACGCAGGCUACUCGACCUCUGAGCGGCAUUUUGGGCAGUUUUGGGUUUUUAUAGCCAGACAGUGAACAGAAAACCGCUCCACAAGUAUCAGAAGGCGAUUUUCCGAAGCAAAGUACCAUUUUUCCGGGACAGUCGACCUUUGAGCAUAAACAACAACCAAAUUUACUUGGCCAGAAAAUGCCAAAACGGUUGAAAUACGCCCAUUUUUACAAGACGUACCCUUUGAUUAACUAGCCCUUUGAUGUCAAGCGGCUGAAAUGAUUAGUCGAUUGUGAUACCCCUCAUUUUUUAUUAACGUCAUCUUUAAAUAUGCAAAGACCCUUGAUGUUCAAACAAUUGAAUAUUAUUGGUUAAAUGUAGUACCCCUCAUUUUUAAAUGACGUAUCGAUUAAUUAACCAGUCCUUUGAUGCUAAAGCGAUUGAACAUGAUUGGUUACAUGUAAUACCCCUCAUUUUUAAAUGACAUAUCCUUUAAUUAACUAGUCCUUUGAUGCUAAAGCGACUGAAAGUGAUUGGUUAAAUGUAAUACCCUAAUUUGCAAAUGACGUUUCCUUUAAUUAACUAGCCCUUUAAUGCUAAAGCGACUGAAAGUGAUUGGUUAAAUGUAAUACCCUAAUUUGCAAAUGACGUUUCCUUUAAUUAACUAGCCCUUUGACGUCAAUUGACUGAACAUGAUUGGUUGGUCGCAACUCUAACUAUUUUUCAACGUGACCCUUAAUUAACAAUGAUAGCCCCUUGAAAACUAGCCGACUGAGCACGAUUGGCCCAUUGAAAUACCUUUAAUUAACAAAUGACGCACCCAGUAACACUUGUUAUUUGUCAACGCGACCCUUAAUUAGCCAAACUUCUUUUGAUAUCCAACCGUCUGAGCACGAUUGGCCCAUUGAAAUACCCUCAAUUAACAAAUGACGCACCCAGCAACACUUGUUAUUUGUCAACGCAACCCUUAAUUAACCAAAGUCUUUUGAUAUCCAACUGUCUGAGCACGAUUGGCUCAUUAAAAUACCCUUAAUUAACAAAUGACGCACCCAGCGACACUCGUUAUUUGUCAAAGCGACCCUUGAUUAACAAAAGCCCCUCGAUAUCCAACCGACUGAGCGAAAUUGGCCAAUUGAAAUACCUUUAAUUAACAAAUGACACACCCAGCAACACUCGUUAUUUUCAAAGCGACCCCUGAUUAACAAAAGCCCCUCGAUACCCAACCGACUGAGCACGAUUGGCCCACUGAAAUACCUUUAAUUAACAAGUGACACACCUAGCUACACUCGUUAUUUGUCAACGCCACCCUUAAUUAACCAAAGCCCUUUGAUAUCGAACCGACUGAACACGAUUGGUUCCUUGAAAUACCUUUAAUUAACACUGAAUGACACAACCAGCAAUACACGAAAUUCUUGAUGUUCAAAAAACAGCUCUUGAAAUCUUCCCCAUUCGGAUUACAAACACGAUCAGGAGAGCUGAAAGACAAAAAUAAAUGAAAAACAAAAACACAAAGGCAAACUUAUUUUAUCAAACUUUUCUCUUCCUACCUAGCAAUCUGUGAUCAAAGAAAAAAAAAAUACUUGAAAUAGUUUGUUUUGGAGACCAGUAUCCCUGUGCGUCAUGAAAAGGGACCGCUGAGAUGCAGAAAAACAAAAGUUCCACUUGUUUCCCCGUCACUGUUAGGCAAGCCAAUGACGAUAAGGCCGGUAAGGCCUUUGAAACGCAAAUAAAAUGCAAAGGGAAUAGUUAUUUCAACAACAGUUUAAGUUAACUGGAAUUGAACACAGACAUCAACAUUGAUCACUUGAAAAAAUGGCACAUAAUUUUUUCACUCCUGGGAAAAGAUCUCUCGCUGUCAUUGAUGAAAUGGUGAACGAUAAGUAUCCAGAGCCGCUCAUUCAUGAAGGUAAGAAUCUUAAAAAAACAAGAAGACAUUCAACAAAAAACAAAAAUGACAAAAAUGAUUCAAUAGUCAAAAUAUUGCCUAGCCAACCAUUUUAAGGCACCUGGUAUUAGGAAAACAAUUUUUGUCUUGCUUUUUCGACUUUCUGCAACACGCUGUUGCGACCUGAAACAACGAAAUCUGUUGCCAGACAACUCUCAAAGUAAAAAUUUGUCGGUGUAAUAACAGGCAUCUUUCUUUUAGUGUGCUUUUUCGACCGUGCGAUGUUUUUAGAUCGGACAAUUUUUCUCUCCAUUUUUUGUUAUAUUUGUUUGUACCUUUUCCUAAAAUUUAUCUGGAGACAAGGUUUCACUGCAUGACUUUAGUUCACUACAUUCUUCGGGCAAUCAUCAACCAGAGAUGGUUUAUCAUUCAAAAUUGCUUUAUACAAGCGAAGCUCUUCUAACGGCUUUUGUUUUUCGUUGUUCGUUGUUGUUGUUGUUGUUUUAUUCAGGUCACUUUUUUCACCUCAGACCAUACCGCUCAAUAUUAAUAACACUUAACGACAACUUACGAUAAGCGACUUGAUCAGGUAAACAUCAUGAUUCUUCACCGUUUAGAUACUGAAUUGACACAACCUGUCAGUACUUCGACCCAGGAUGUUUCAUUGAACAAGCCGAAAGUCAGCCGCACUCAAUUUUCAAUCUACCAAAAGGUUGUCUUGGAGCAGUCGUUUAAUGCCUCUCUGUACGUAACGGCCGAGGAGCGAGAUGAACUUGCCUUCAAACUUGGACUUUCACCUAUUACUGUGCAGGUAAGGUCAAAGUUUCCUUUCUAUUUUCCAUCCAUUAUGUAAGAUGACUGAGAUCUUGGAAGAUAUGGACAAUGUUGAAGUGAAUACUGUUGCAAUAGUGGCAUUCGUAAGGCUGGUGAUCGUGGUGGCGGUAGUGGUAAUGGUGAUGAUAGUGGAAAUGCUGCUGGUAGUAGAUCGAGAGCUUGCAGUGGUUACAGUAGUAUCAGCCGGUGGUGGUAAUGGAAGUCUCGUUCGAGCUAGUGGUAGUGGUUGUGGCAAUGGUAGUUUAAUGUGACUGGUGUGCUAGUAGUAUUAAAACUGGUACUGGUGGUGGCAGUGGUUGUUUCAGUGGUAGUGGUAUAGUGAUAGAAGUGCAGGUGGUAGUAGAACUUGUAGUGGUGGUGGUAGUAGUGGGGAAGUGGUAAAAGUAGUGGUAAUGGUGGUGGGAAUGGUGGUGUUAGUGUUGGUGGUGGUAGUUGUAGUAGUAGUGGUAGUGGUGGUAGUGGUAACGGUUACGGUAGUGGUAGUAGUAAAACUGAUAGUGGUUCUAGUUGUAGUAGAACUGGUAGUGGUGGCGGUCGUGGUAGUGAUUUAGCAGUGUGGUGGAAGAGACUGUUGCAGUGCGACAGUAAAAGCGUGAGUGAUAGUGGUAGUGAUAGUGGUAGCAGUAGUAGGAGAACUAGUAGAAGUACUAGUAGCAAACUUGUUUUAGGUACCAGCGGACUAGUAGGGGUUGCCUCAGCCGUUAGCUGGUGAGUGGUAGUAAGACUAAUUGAAAGCCUGGAAAAAUCUCGCCUAAGAUGAAUGAGCCAGUUAUUUCUGACAUACAUCAACCAAGAGAUCUAUGCGUUUUAGAUUAUACACUUUCACUUAGUUAGCAUGUAUAAUCAUGUCUACUGGAACAGGCAUGUCAAAUGGAUAGGUCGUAAAACUGUUAGUUACCAGAUGAAUAGAUGCGAGAAGAUAGCACUAUUUUUACUAGUUUGUUAUUAUCAUCAUCAUUAUCAUCGUCAUCAUCAUCAAUAAUCUUGUUUACUUUCAUUUCUCAGACCUGGUUUAAGAACAGGCGAUUCAAAUGGCGAAAGCAAAUGAAAACGGCAGAUGCGACUCGAACUGGGCUUUUUAUACCACCACCAUCGCUACUUGUUCAGCCCAGCCCUCUCUCCUUUCCUGUGUGGCAGCCUUGCAUAGGAUCUGAGCACCAACAGUCAGACGGAAACCUUUAUGGCUACAGCAAUUGUUGUCGUGCCAGUUCACCGCGCAUGCUCAACUUCAGCAAAACACAAUGGUGAAAGUGGAUGUUCUAUGAUCGUGAUGUUAAUUUUAUCUAUCAUUUUGCAAGUGUAAUUUGCUACUGACCGUUUGACGUUUUUGUUGGGGGGGGGGGGCGGGUGACUGCUUCGUAUAGCCAGAGAUAAUAGAUGAAAGCGAAAUAGAUGAAAGCAGGGGAUAGGGUGGGGAGGGAGUUACUGUUUCUUAUGCUAAGAGAGAGUAGAUGAAAGCGGGGUAGGGUGGGGAGGGUAUGACAGAUUUGUAUAGUGAAAGGAAAUAGAUGAAAGCGGGGUAGGGUGGGGAGGGUAUGACAGAUUCGUAUAGUGAAAGACAAUGGAUGAAAGCGGGGUAGGGUGGGGAGGGAGUGACUGUUUCGUAUAGUGAAAGACAAUGGAUGAAAGCGGGGUAGGGUGGGGAGGGAGUGACUGUUUCGUAUAGUGAAAGACAAUGGAUGAAAACGGUGUAGGGUGGGAAGGGGGUGACUGUCUCGUAUAGUGAAAGAAAAUGGAUGAAAGCGGGGUAGGGUGGGAAGAGAGCGACUUCUUCACAUAGUGAAAAAAAGAAAAAAGAAAGAAAAUGAAUAUGAUAUGAAAGUGGGGUGGGGUGGGGGAGGGGGUGUCUGCUUCCUUCUAUGGUGAAGGCAAAGGGGAUAUACCUUUGAAAAUACUGUACAUAUGAAUUCAUGGUUGUUCAAAUAAAGAUACUUCUUGCUGUUGCAUUUAUUGUUAUUGAUGUUUCUAUUUGUUUUGUUGUCAUAUUAAGAAGGUUUAAAAGGUUUCAGGCUGCAGCGCUUUUACACAUGCAGAGUGCCCUCACCUGAAAUCACUGCAACACGAAUUUUCCAUCAAAAAUCAAAACGGGCAUUUUAUUGAAUUUUUUAUCUAGUUCUAUCUGAUGAAAUGUAAUGAAACGGCGGCCAUGUUGGUGUUCCAAACCGAUCCUGUAGGAGUUGAACUCUUUUGUUAUGUAAAAGCUUUCUUCUGUUUCCAAUAAAUUUGCAUAGAUGCUGGAAACAUGAGUGAAAAUGCUCACAGUUUUUUAUAUAACGUCAAAAAAAAAAGAAAACAAAAACAAAAAAAAGAUACGUGCUGGAGUCGACCAUUUAUUCGGUUGAAGAGGGGUCCAUAUACGGUGAAACCUCUAUUAAGCGGACCCCCUCUAUUAAGCGGACACCCUCUAUUAAGCGGACACAAAGCUGGGUCCCGAAAUUAACGUCUUAUGUUUCUCUUUAUAACGAUCCCCUAUUCAGCGGAUACCUCUAUUAAGCGGACGCGGGCACUAAAAUAAAUCGUAUUUGACCAAUUUCUACUGUUAAAAACUUCUAUUAAGCGGACGCAAGACUGAAUUGAUAAUAGUAGUAUUGGGUUAUUUCCUUGAAAUACUUACUGUAGUCGAUUAAUAAAGAUAAGUCAAUACAUUUAACUGUCAAUAAACUGUAGAUUAGACCGAUAUCCGGCAGUAUAUAUAAUUGUCAUCCGCGAUCAAUUAGUUCGCCUAAAAGUCUUGCGCAAAGUACAGCACGACUUCCUUAAUAGUUUUCUCAGCAACAUGGAACUUAAUCACAGUACAGAGUAACCGCUGAAUGUUAAUCUUUAACAAACGUUGCGCAAUUUUUACAAACCUCUAUUAAGCGGACACUUGGGAAGAUUCCGAGGGUGUCCGCUUAAUAGAGGUUUCACUGUAUAAGUAAUAGUUCCCAAUAAAUAUUCAUUUCACAUGUCUAUUAAUCUACCAAUCCCAGUCAACUUUCUUGUGAAUUCUCCUCUGUUCUCAUGAAUUCAACUCAGUUGAGCUCUUUUGAGCCGCUUCAUUCUAAUCUUGAAUUAACGGACUAAACAAAGCCAAAAAAUCCAUAUCACAGCACAAAGCGAAUAUUAAGCUGAAUGGGUACCUUUUUCAGGCUUACGUAUAAGAAAGGGUAGGGAUUUCACUAGUUAAAGUUAAUCGCUGGCUUCUUGUUUACAUGUAGACGGACAAAAACGGAGGUUUUCGUUAUAUGAUGAUGCCAUACGUUAUGUACUAUGCAAGCAUGCUCUGUAAGGGAUGCUGUCGUAAUUCCAUCGUUUUAUCGCGCGUGUAUUUUUUUUGAAAGCGGGGGAAAAAAUUCCCCGUUUUCAAGAAUAUCCGGUUACAUAUUGGCAGGGACUAAAGUGACCAUCGCAUUGCCUCUCAUCAAGCCUGAAAACGUUAGACGUGCGAUGACGCAGGAAAAAAAAAGGAUGUUACGAAAUUUGGUAUUCAAAUUUUUUAGUUUAUUGUUCUCUUUCUUUCAACAGUUCGUCAAAAUACUGGAGAUGACAUCUUCGUUUGUAUUGUACAAAUGCCAAUUGGUAAAAGCAAAUACGUCAUGUUGGUAUUAGGGCGCUUAACGCGCUUAAAGUCAAUAAUACUUAGGUUGAGCUUUCUUUUACGUAGACGUCUAUUUAUUUAGGCUUUUCUCCCUUGAUGAACUAAUAAUUUACUUUAGCUGUUAGAAAUUAACGUACGGUUCACGGAGAAAGUAGCCCGACGAAAGAUCGUAUUUUAAUAUUCACAUUUCUUAUACCCAGUCACAGUUUUUAGCGGAAAGAUAAAGGAGGACUUUAUACCAUUGUGAAAAGCUCGGUAACAAUACGCGUAUUACACAAUAAUAUCGUCUUUGUGGAUUGCUCGUUACAGCCAGAAAUUCUUCAAUUAGACAUUGUUUUGCCAAGCUACCGUCAACAAGAAAAUCAUGGAUCCCCGAAUUGUGCUGAUCUCUGGCUGUUCUAGCGGGAUAGGACUCGCUACCGCUGUGCUUCUCGCAAAAGAUGCCGGGAAACGGUUCAAAGUUUACGCCACCAUGCGAAAUCUGGCGAAGAAAGGACAACUGGAGGAAGAAGGGAAGGAGUAUCUGGGAGACACAUUGAUCAUCAAACAGAUGGAUGUGUGCAGUGAUGAAUCAGUCAGCCAAACAGUACAAGAACUGGUGGAAAUGGAGGGGAAGAUUGAUGUGUUGUGUAAGUACCGUGACUUUUCUUUUCCCGGGCCUCACUUUUUCGAGUGUAUUAAAAGCGCAUAUGAAUAAACUCCGUGUUAUUUUGACAUUUAUUCAUCAGUCAUCUAUCGCCAAAUGGAUGUUUAUCGUAAGAAAGAAAAAUAAAUUAAGUCAUGCAGGAGUGGAUUUUUACAACAGUUACAAUCUAUCCUAUGUCUGCUAUCAAGGGUGCACUCAUUACAAAACUGUAUAUGAACUGGCCGGAAAAAAAUAACUUAUGACCACAGUAUAUGUUAUCCUUAUAAGAAGGAUUGUUACUCGAUGUGCGACUUUAAAUCCACUCAGUGGAGUGCCGCAAUGUCACUGAAGGCGAGUACUUCCAACGAACAACUACACCGCCUUAUAAGUAUACUACGCCUCUAGCGUGGACAGUUACGAAAGAAUUGAUGUGUUAUGCUAGUACGUUGACCGUGUAUUCCACCUAUUUAUCUGGAAUUGCGCCUGUGUUAAAACCCACUGUUAACAUUAAAUAUUCAUCUCGGCAAGAUAAAUAACAUCGAUAGACUUCCCAUCUUUUAAAUACAGGAAGUAGGAACUUGUAAGAGAUAUCAUAAGAUGGGUAAGACCUCUCAUCAUGCAUGCCUCCCUUUACAUAUAAUUUUUGUCUUAAAAGAGUACGUCCCUUUAAUAACCAAAAGGUGUAACUCAUCUACCACCCUUUAUUUUAUCAUCAUCGCCAUUAUUAAAAUUGUUAUUAUGAUAUAAGUGUUAUGAUUUUUCCGACCUAUCCUUAUGAUCUCGGGUACAUUUCUUACGAAAUUCCUUGAACCGAUAAUUUAUUUAUUAAGGAUUACAGGUGAUUAAUAUAUGUUUCCCAUACAGGUUAUUUAGCGGAACUUUAAAAUCAUUUAGUUAGAGGAGUAGUUCCCAACUGAAUAUUACCUGCAGCAGGCUUAUCUAAGAUUCUUUCAUCAUGAUGAAAUAUUUUCAAUCCACAGUCAAUAACGCUGGUAUUGGGAUAACGGGAAUCCCCUUCGAAUGCAUUCCAAUUGAUGCAGCAAAGGAGCUUUUCGAAGUGAACUAUUUUGGUUACAUGAGACUCAUCCAAGCCGUCCUACCCAGCAUGAAAGAGAGGCAGAGUGGGCUCAUCAUCAAUAACAGCAGUCAUUUUGGAAUAGUCGGGGUUCCCUUUGUGGAGACUUACUGCUCCUCAAAGUUUGCAAUUGAAGGACUGACGGAGAGCUUGGCUCCUACACUUCGUCACUUUAAUAUCAGGUAAAGACAAACAAUCAAUAAUUAUAUAGAUUUACCCAAGGCUGAAAGCGGAGCUCCAAAGAAAUACAGAGACGAGUAACUGAUAUACAGUCAGUUCUCUCUAAGAUGAACCCUACCUAUAGGCAACUUCAUUUCCAAUUUUGGAUUGUUCCCAUUUUUCAUUUUCCCGUUUCCCACGCUCGUUACCCAUUUCCCGCUUUGAUAACGUCCGGUGGAUGAACGGUUGUACGAACAGUCACGUGAAAACCUAAAUUGCUUGCAGAGAUUGAUAACCAGAUUUCCUUCAUCACGGUGCUAAUUAUCGCGUGAAGCUCACUAUGAGUGAAAUACCCUGCACUUUACUUCACCUUGGGUUAAUUUUAUCAUUUCUUCGUUACUCCUUAUGAGGUCAACAUUGCAGAAAGGUUUCAAUCUUUCAUUUGAAACAGGAAUAUGCAACUUUUAAUAGAAUUUACUACUGAAUAUGAGCGAACGCGCCGACUAUUUUGAGAGGGUCUGAAUGGGGGGGGUCCACUUGUCGGUUGUCGGUUAAAAUUCAGUUACUUUGUCGGUAGUCGGUUUAAAUUUUCGCUCUUUGUCGGUAGUCGGUUAAACUUUUUGAUUUUUGUCGGUUGUCGGAAAAUCUCAGUUAAUAAGUAAAAAGGCAAGUUAAUUAUUAAUAUGUUUAUGUAUUUCACCCAGUUUCAAGACCUUGAUCCCUAAGGAAAGAGUAAAAUUUGUAAGAAUGCAUCAUUUGAUUGAACUUCAUUAACUUUUGUUUGUUUUUACAACAUGAUCGUUUAUUUCACCAUUGUUUGCCAAAUGAAUAUCAUGAGUACUGAUAAAUCACCAAACCUUUUAUUGUAAAUGCGAACUUGGUUUCCCUGUCGAUUACAGUACACAGCCAGUAAAAAGUAUAAUUAAUUAAUUAAUUAAUUAAUGGACUCCAGCCUUUUGGAUACUGGCUUAAAUUAUUCUUAGUGAAAAACUGCAAGGGGUGACAGGCUGCACAUCUAUACCUUUAAUGUUUUGGCUCUAACAAGCAUGUCCUUUCCCAUAAUUUUCCUUUCUCAAAGAAAUAGCACUUUAACCCUCGGACGUACAAGGGGUGGGGGGUGGACACCACCCCCCCCCCCUUAAGGUUUUUCUGGGAUUUUUCCAAGAGGAUAAAACAUCAGCACCUGACGUUUUCAGUAGAUAUUCGUUUAUCCCUCGCGAGCAUUUUGAGACAAGCUCAGUGAUGAUCAGUUUCUAUGGUUACGAAGUAUGACGUAAUAAGUAGCAGGUGGUCAAGCCAUUUUGAGUGAAAAUGUAUGUUUCUUUUUCAACUUUUUUCAACAAUAAAAGAAAAAUGUCGCAGCUAAAAUCAUGCAGAGUGCUAAUUUAUGUGGUAUUAUUCAUGUCAAGCAAUUACCAUUUCUCGCUGUUUUAAUCUGAUUUCUAAUUCUUGGUAAAAUCCAAGAUAUCAGCAAAGAUGGCGACCAUUGUUGGUGACGUAACAGGCCUCCAGCAGCGCCACCAUUCAUAAAAUAUACCUCAUCUUGUUAAGAAGAUCAAAGGCUUUUCAGUGAAGGCAAAAUCAAAAACGCUGGGGAGGGGUUCCAUCUACCCUCCUCUUGUACCAUGGUGGGGGGUAUGAUUUUGCGGUACGUCCGAAAGUUAAGUUGGCAAGGUAGUGGUUGGUUUUGUAUGAGAUUACACUUUUUUAUUAAAGCUUCUUUUAUGAUAGACACUGAAGGGCUUGUGUUGUGUCACGAAAGACAAUAUUUCUUUUUCUUCCUCGUUGUUUUGUUUCAGGAGCGCUGCUUUCCUUCUGUAAGUUUUACUUCUAAUGGCAACUUUUCUUUCAAAAUUGUGUGGCCAGCCUCUGUCCAUCAACCGCGUUUUGAAAUCUGAAAUACUUCCUCAAAGGAGUUUGUUCGUAGGAUUCUCAAGGCUUUUUGUUUGUCAAAUCCAUUUUAACAAUUGGUGGGUGGUAAGAGGUGCAAAAGUAUAUACUGGAGGGUUUCCGUUUAAAAUUCGUCUUUACGUCAAGGAUAGCUUUUUCUCAUUUUUCGUUGAAUGUUGUGCCUUGGUAUACAACCAGGUCUAAAAAGAUUGUCUCAGUGUCAGAUAUUUCGGCCGUAAAUUUGAUAGCCAGUAGAGCGGUAGGGUGAAGUGAGUUUACUUGAUCUGUGAAUUUGAAGAAAUCUACCAUGUCUGGUUUACUUAUGUCCCAUAGGGAAAAAAUAUCAUCUAUGUAGCUUUUUCAAACAGUUGGUUUAAAGAUGGUUUUGCUUAAACUUUGUGUUUUUAUGUAUGCGGCCAUGAAAAUGUUGGAAAGGAAACUGCUGUAUGUGCUCAUCGCGGUACCGUGGUUUUUUACUAUAUAGUGCUUUUCAUUAAGCUGGAAAGAAUUUUCUUUGAGGAUUAUUCUAAGCAUUUCUCGGACCGAAACAAGAAACGUUCAGUUUUUUCAUCUUUGUCUUUUCAAUAAAAUUUAUAAAGUCGGUAGCAUCUUUAAGGUGUGGCUUCUGUGAUUAUGAUAUUAGUUGUAGUAAUGUACCCGUAUCAACAAAAGAGGAAGUUCUUUCUGUUAGACCAUCAAAUGAGUCAUAACUUUAAAGAGGUUACUUCCUAACGGAUAGAAAAAAAAAAAAUGCAAAAUGCUCUUUUCUCUGAAAACAAAUAUUGAUAAUGUCAGCCCAUGUCGGUAGUCGGUUAAUAUUUUUCCUGUCGGUAGUCGGUAAUUUUUUACUCGUUUUGUCGGUAGUCAGUAAUAUUUUUCGCCCUUUGUCGCUAGUCGGUUAACCCCACUCACAUCCUCUUUUGAAUGAAAAACUCCUGGAAUACUAAUGUAGUCUGGAAUAAGUAAAAAAACACACAAACAAACGAAAUGGACUCUGGGCAGUCAGGAGACGUUAUCACGAAAAUGCCAGUCUCCUAAAGCUUACAACAAACAAAGAAAACAGCAAAGGAGCAACAAAAUUAAGGAGAGUUAAAUUUGGACUACGACUUCUUCCUGAUUUUGUCAGGAAGCGAAAUAUGCGUGCAAGCUUCCCGGCUCAUGAAAAUCGUCAUCUUGAAGAGCCAUCAUAGUUACUAAUGCAUGCUUUCGCUUUUUGUCUUUUGUUGUGUAGAUGUUGUUUGCUGGAACCAGGGCCUGUCCAUACUGCGUGCGUACCAAAAGCGUUAGAAUGGGGACAAGAUCGUGGCAGCACGCCAAACGUGGACCCUAAGACCGUAGACCUCAUGAAUACGACCAUUGCAAACAUAGAAAAGGAGUUUGGUGGUGCAAUGCAGACCUGUGAAGAAUGUGCCCAAUUCGUAAAGGAAAUAAUUUUAAGUGAGAAGGACAACCUUCGUUGUCAAACUAAUGAGAAAUUCGGGUCAAAAGAAGUAGCUGCAAAGUUAGCUGAGCCAACAGGGAAUGCUUCUGUAAACAUCAUUACCACACGAUACCUUGGCGAAACAAAGCAAGAAUAAACGAUGGGCCAUCCUUUCCUUGAUUGCAAUCUGCACAGUGGUUGUCGCCGUUUAUGUUGUUGUUGUCACCAAAGGGUAGCC